AAUUUAGUAAUAACGAAUACGGAUUUAUACAUUUGUCUCUUUAUGGUCAACAUUCUCCACCAAAACAGAUCAACCAAACAACAUUUAAUUAUAAUCCAUCUCCCACCCAAAAAUCUGCCUCAAAAACAAAACCUCCCAAUUCAUAUCCACAAAAGUCUCUUCUUCGCGCAUGAAAAAUCCAAUAUUUUCCAUUCCAAAAACUUAAAAAAUAAUGAUAAUAAUAAUAAUAAUAAUAAACCAAUAAUCAUUCUCUUUUUCUGAUUUUUAUUUUUGAAAAUGUUACCCAGAAAACUUACAAAAUGCUUUAGCUUCACGGCAUCAAGAGACUGGGUAUACCGGCAAUCGUUCAUCAACGCCGGUCUCCGAUCGACCACCGUUGAUCUGGGUGACGGCACGAUCAUGCACUGCUGGGUUCCGAAAGCCUACAAGCACAACAAACCCAAUCUCCUCCUCAUCCACGGCUUCGGAGCCAACGCCAUGUGGCAAUACGGCGACCAUCUCCGGCAAUUCACCUCCCGGUUCAACGUCUUCGUUCCGGACCUGCUCUUCUUCGGCCACUCCUUCACGUCGAGGAAGGAGAGGACGGAGUCGUUUCAGGCGGUGAGCGUAAUUAAGAUGAUGGAAGCUCACGGUGUCAAAAGGAUGAGCGUGGUUGGGAUCAGUUACGGCGGUUUUGUUGGUUACAGCAUGGCGGUUCAGUUUCCCAAGGCGGUUGAGCGGAUCGUUCUUUGUUGUUCGGGAGUCUGCUUGGAAGAGAAGGAUCUGGAAGAUGGGUUGUUUAAGGUGUCCAAUUUGGAUGAAGCAGCUGACAUUUUGUUGCCUCAGACACCCGACAGACUCCGGCAGUUGAUGAGGUUCUCUUUCGCUAAGCCUGCUAGAGGUGUUCCUUCUUUCUUCCUCACGGAUUUCAUUCAUGUAAUGUGCACAAACUAUGUAGAAGAGAAGAGAGAAUUGAUUCACGCAUUACUCAAGGGCAGAAAAUUUUCUGAUCUCCCUCGGAUUACUCAGCCAACGUUGGUAUUAUGGGGUGAACAAGAUCAAAUAUUCCCUUUGGAAUUAGGGUAUAGAUUAAAAAAACAUGUGGGAGAAAGUGCUCAAAUUGUAGUCAUAAAGAACGCAGGGCAUGCUGUGAAUCUUGAAAAGCCUAAGGAGUUUGCCAAGAACUUGAAAUCCUUCCUUCUUGCUGAUUUAUUCUCAUCCACAUCUUCUACAUCUUCAUUUACUUGCAAAGAUCAGAGCCACGACCAAAGAAUAGAUUCAACUUGUGGUGGUUUUAUACGCAAAUGAAAAAUUAUGAUUAAUAUUGUACAAAUAUCGACAUACAGGAUUUGGAUAUAUUGGUCAUGAUGAAGAAUGCUAUUUAUCAUUAUGACGAUAAUAUUAAAGAUAUAACAAUUUGUACACUGAUUAUUGUAUUAUAUAAAUUUUGA